AUGAUAAGACGAUCGAUUUAUAGAAUUAGCGAGUUUGUAGAGAAUUUUGAAUCGGAAAAUGAUGCGGGACAGGUUAUGGUAAGGUUGGCUCGAUUAGAGGAACUAUUCGUGGAAUAUCGCAAUACGAUUUUGGAGCUUCUACAAUUAGUGCCGAAUGCUAGGAAAGAAAAUGAGAAAUCUCUCGAUGAAAUUGAGGAAAUUUAUUAUAAUUGCAAAACGUUUUUGAAUGCAAACCUGCCGACGCAAGCUGCAAGUGUACAACGAAUAAAUCAACCUACGACUCGAAUUAAUCACAUUAAGUAUCCAGAGUUGAAAUUACCUGAUUUCAGUGGAAGGUUAGAAGAAUGGCCGUCGUUUCGCGAUUCAUUCGACGCAGCUGUUCAUUCGUGUGGGCAGUUGAACCCUAUUCAAAAGUUUCAAUAUCUGAAGGGUUGCCUGAAAGGUGAUGCGUCUCGAGUAAUCGAUUCGAUAACUGUUACUUCCGAAAACUAUGCAUUGGCCUGGAAGACAUUGAUCAAUCGGUACAACAAUAAAAAAAUGUUAAUUAAAUGUCACAUCAAAGGAAUUUUUGACACCCCUGCGAUGCGUCGAGAGUCUUCAGAGUCACUUCUCGUUCUGGUUGAUAGUUUCGAGAGAAAUAUAUCCGUGUUGAAACGGCUUGGUGAACCAGCAGAUCGCUGGAGUUCCAUUCUUGUGUACCAGCUUAGCCUUCGUUUGGAUAAUCGAACUCUCCGAGAAUGGGAGAACUUUUCCUCGCAAAAUACUGUCCGUGAAGACGGAGUUGUCAACGACGGAAUGCCAUCGUAUGUUGAAAUGAUAAACUUCUUGCAGAAUCAUGCUCGGGUUCUCCAAUCUCUCGCACCGCAAAUUGAGCCACGUGAUACAUCCCGCCCUGUUGAAUCGAAGAAUAAAUCGAAACCAAUAACCUAUCAUGUAGUUGAGUCUAACCUCUCCGCCUCUCGCAAGUGUCAGCAUUGUAGUCAAGAUCACUUCCUCGGAAAUUGCGGACAAUUUCGCAAACUAACUCCACGUGGACGUUUAGAAUUUGCAAAGUCAAAUCGAUUGUGUCUAAACUGUCUAAAAACGGCAUCUCAUAGUUGCAAGGUGUGUCCGUCAUCAAAUUGUCGUGAAUGUAAUCGCAAGCACCACACACUUCUACAUUUGCCACCUCUCGAGCGACCACAUCCUUUGUCUCAGUCGUCGACUUACGUCAGUCAACAGCAUCAACAAUCAGCGUCGUCAUCUCAAGAACUAUCUCCAAACCACCUUGCCAUUCCUGAUCCUCGAACGUCAUCACUUUCUCCUCCGAUGAGAUCAUCGUUAACUGAUCCCAACUCGUUUCGAUCUGCGCACUUUGCAAACCCUGCGUCCAGUGACGAGCUAACAAACAACCCGCCUGAGACACUCGCAACUCAAUAUUGUACCAACAAGGAUAUUGUGUUCCUAUGGAUAGCGCUGGUCAUCUUCGAAGAUAAAAAUGGAAAUCCAUUUCCCGCUCGUAUCCUGCUGGAUUGUGGCUCACAGUGCAGUUUUAUGAGCGAAUCGUUACGUCGUCAACUGAAACUCGAUACUACUAUCUCGUCGAUGAAUAUAGCUGGAAUUGGUUCCAGUAUCACUAAGGUUGAACAUUCUGUAGUUACUGUCAUCUCAUCACGAACCUGUGCUUCGUAUCGGAAGAAAAUGUCGUUCUUCGUUCUGCCGUCGAUCUCUAGUGUAAUGCCAUCUCGUGUCGUCGAUUGUUCUCAGUGGAAUCUUCCCACCCACGCAACACUAGCGGAUCCUACAUUUAACAUGCCAGGUCCUAUUGAUGCUAUCCUCGGCAAUUAA